AUGGAGCUGCGGCCGGGGGCCUGCGUGGUGGCGGUGGUGGCGCUCCUGGUGCUGCUGGGUGCCCAGGCCCAGGGCAGCACGCCCAGCCCCAGGUGUGACUGUGCCGGUGACUUCCAGAAGAAGAGUGGACUGUUUUGUUGCAAAGGUUGUCCAGCAGGGCACUACCUGAAGGCCCCCUGCACAGAGCCCUGUGGCAACUCCACCUGCAUCUUGUGCCCCUGGAACACCUUCUUGACUAGGGAGAACCACUACAAUCCUGAGUGCACACGCUGCCAGAUCUGUGAUGAGCAGGCCUCCCAGGUGGCCUUGGAGAACUGCUCAGCAGUGGCGAACACCCAGUGUGGCUGUGAACCAGGUUGGUUUGUGGAGUGCAAGGUCAAUCGAUGCAGCAACAGCUCCCCCUUCUACUGCCGCCCGUGCCUUGACUGCAGGGCCCUGCACCGCCACACACGGCUGCCCUGCUCCCGCAGAGACGCUGACUGUGGGCCCUGCCUGCCUGGCUUCUAUGAACACGACGACGGCUGCGUGUCCUGUCCCACGGGCAUCCUGUGGAGCUGUCCUGAGCGCUGUGCUGCUGUCUGUGGCUGGCGACAGAUGUUCUGGGUCCUGGUGCUCCUGGCUGGUCUGGUGGUCCUCCUCUUGUUAGGGACCACCCUGACAUACACGUACUGCCGUCACCAGCCUCACAAGCCCAUGGUCCCUGCAGAUGAAGCUGGGAUGGAGAUCCUGACCCCACCACCGGCCACCUACCUGUCCCCAUUGGACAGCACCCACGCCCUUCUAGUAUCCCCUGAUAGCAGGGAGAAGGCCUGCACCGUCCAACUGGUGGGCAACAGCUGGACCCCUGGCUCCCCCCAGACCCAGGAGGCACCCUGCCCGCAGGUGGCAUGGUCCUGGGACCUGCUGCCCAACAGAGCUCUUGGCCCUCCUCCCGCGCCGGAGCUCUUGCCAGCCCCCCCCGCGGGCUCGCCGGCCGCAAUGCUCCAGCCCGGCCCGCAGCUCUACGACGUGAUGGACGCCGUCCCCGCGCGUCGCUGGAAGGAGUUCGUGCGCACGCUGGGACUGCGCGAGGCGGAGAUCGAGGCCGUGGAGGUGGAGAUUGGCCGCUUCCGCGACCAGCAGUACGAGAUGCUCAAGCGGUGGCGCCAGCAGCAGCCCGCGGGCCUUGGCGCCGUCUACGCGGCGCUGGAGCGCAUGGGGCUGUAUGGCUGCGCCGAGGACCUGCGCAGCCGCCUGCAGCGCGGCCCGUGACGCGGGGCCCACCUGCCACCUCGGUGGCCCUUGCAGAAGCCCUAAGUACAGUUACUUAUGCGAGUAGACAUUUUAUGUCACUUAUUAAGCUCCCGGCCCGGCCCUGCGUAGCAGCGCCAGCUGGUCUCGUCCCUGCUCAGCCCCUGGAGCUCGGGUUAAGGCGAAGAUGGACGGAUAUGGGGGGAGGGGCUGGUCAAGAGAUCGCUCAGCUGUUUCUCGCUGAGUUUGGGUAUUAAAUCUAUGGAAAAAG